GGGCAGCCUGCUGACACGGCGACGUUUUGCCACGCUUCGCUUUGUAUGCGCGCCCUCGUGGCUCUCGAAAGGCGGCGGCGGCGAGGUCUAUAAAAAGGCCCGAUCCCAUCUGCCGUUGCUUCUGGACGCCGCGGUAACGCUGUCACGAUGAGCAAGAUUAUCUUCUUUGAGGAUCGCAACUUCCAAGGUCGCCACUUCGAGUGCGACGGCGACUGCCCCGAGAUGCAGAACUACUUCGCCCGCUGCAACUCCAUCCGGGUGGAGAACGGCUGCUGGGUGGCCUACGAGAAGCCCAACUACGGCGGCUACCAGUACAUGCUGCACAAGGGCGACUACCCCGACUACCAGCGCUGGGCCGGCUUCAACGACUGCAUCCGCUCCUGCCGGAUGGUGCCGCCCUACAACGGCAGCUACCGGAUGAAACUCUUCGAGCGCUCCGAUUUCGGCGGCCAGAAUCUGGAGCUGAUAGAAGACUGCCCGGACCUGAACGAGCGUUUCCACACGCGUGACAUCUCCUCGGUCAACGUGAUGGAGGGCUACUGGAUGCUGCACGAGCACCCCAACUACAGGGGGCGCCAGUACUUCCUGAGCCCCGGCGAGUACCGCCGGCACAGCGAGUGGGGCAGCGCCAGCCCCACCAUCGGCUCGCUGAGACGCGUCACCCAACUCAACUGAAUUUUUUUCCUCUCUCUCUUUUUUAUGUUCUUUCCUCGUGUUCCUUCAAGCCUGCGUUGUUCUUGCGCUCAAGUUUUCAAUUCCGUUCACUGUAACCAAACGUGUACUCUGUGAAAUUUGCAGUUUUUCUGUAUUUGCCAUGUAUUGUAAGGCCCCCAAACACACAAAAAGCCCCCUGAUAGAAUGGUUUUGCUCUCCCCUACUGGAAUAAUCACAAAUAAUAAAAUCGUCAUAAAAGUCAA